AUGAACACUAAACAACUCUGGAAGGAGUACAAGCCUGGAGACUAUACUCCCUUGUUUAUCAACCUGCCAGCCUUGGAGCGACCGGAGAGGGAGCUGGUUGCAGAGCAUUUGAGGAAGUACGACCACGGAGCCAGCUCAUCUCCAACCUCUACACCACCAACAUCCUCGACCGAUAAGUUCGUCAGGACGUGGAAUGCCGAGUCUGGUGCUAUCGACUUUAUGCUCAAAGGUCACACGAGCAACAUCGAGGCCAUGGCGUUCUUGCCGAAUGUCGACGCCGUUGGUCUUAGUGAGGCGAACCAGAGAUUGCUGAAGCAGCGCGGUGCCAAGGACGGAUUGGAGACUAUCGACAAUACUUUGGACGAGAGACAGGACGAAAGCCAGGACGACUACUCGGACGAGGGAUGGGGAACGAUAACCUUCUUCAUCUCCUAUCCAUCUCGAUGCACAUGA